GUGAGAAACUACAGGAGAGCUCUGAGGAUGUGAAGGUGACUAUUCUGUAGCAGAAACAGAAGAAAUGGGAGUCCUACCAAGCUUGUGAAAGCCGGAGAGGCUGUUCUUCGGGAUGUUUUGGGACAAAAGAAUUUGUUGCAUCUCCGUCGAGGUGGCGAAGAAUUCCUAAAAGGAGGUCCAACGAGUUGAGUGACUUUAAUUCAAGAGAACAUCUAGAUUAGCUUGUGAUCGUGAGCAAAGCCCAGCAUCAUGGAGAAAUUCAAGGCAGCCAUGGUUCUGGGUGCCGUUGGUGAUGCCUUGGGCUACAGAAAGGGCCGGUGGGAAAGCUGCACCUCAGGGAAGAAAAUCCAAGAGGAACUCGCUUCUUUGGGCGGAUUGGGAGCUCUGAAACUGGACCCUGAUAACUGGCCACUGAGUGAUGCAGUGCUGAUGCACAUGACCACAGCAGAAGCACUUGUAACAGAUUACUGGUGUCUGGAGGACCUGUACCGGGAGCUGGUUCGUCUCUAUGUUGAAGCCAUGGUGUCUCUCCAGGGCAGAGCUCCUGAUCCUGUCACAGUGGAGGGCUGUGUUCACCUCAAACCUCACAACUUCUUGCUUGCCUGGCACACACCCUUCAAUGAAAAAGGGUCCGGAUUUGGAGCAGCUUCCAAGGCCAUGUGUGUCGGGAUGAGAUACUGGCAGCCUGAGAGACUAGAAAACCUGGUGGAGGUCAGCAUUGAGAUCGGCAGAAUGACCCACAACCACCCUACAGGCUUCCUCGGCUCCCUGACAACUGCACUGUUUGCAUCCUAUGCGAUCCAGGGGAAGCCUCUCGUGACUUGGGGCCAUGAGCUCAUGAAGGUCAUCCCUCGAGCUGAGGAAUACUGCAAGAAGACCAUACGACACAUGGCAGAGUAUCAGGAAAGCUGGUUCUAUUUUGAGGCCAAGUGGCAGUUUUACCUUGAAGAGCGAGAGAUUGAUAAGGAGGGACAGAACAAACCUUCAUUCCCUGAUCGCUAUGAUGCUGAGGAGACAGACAAAACAUACAAGCGUUGGAGCUCAGAGGGCCGAGCAGGCCGGAGGGGUCACGAUGCUCCUAUGAUAGCCUACGAUGCUCUUCUGGCUGCAGGGAGCGACUGGGCUGAACUGUGUAAACGAGCCAUGUUCCACGGAGGUGAGAGUGAAGCUACAGGCCUGAUUGCAGCUUGUCUCUAUGGUCUCCUGCACGGCCUGAGCCAGGUUCCACCAGGUCUGUACCAGGAUUUGGACAAAAGAGAACGCCUGGAGGAGCUGGGAGAGGCGCUGUACAAAGCAGCAUCUGUGGAGAAAUGCAUAGACAAGUAAUCCUGAUCUUCUCUGGCCUGAACUCCACUGGCUAUCAACAGGAACUCUAAAACUUUGCUCUUCUGUCCCACGCUACUCUUUGCUAUCUCAGUAGUAUUAAUAGGCAUCUGGUCCUUUAAUCACUCUUGCCCAGCUCUCCUUAAUUUUGCUAUACACAGGUCUGUCAUGAACUGUAAAGGUAAAAUCACCUCUUAUUAUAGGCUUGAAACCAAGGAACAUCAAAAGGAAGAAUAUUUAGUUCACUGCCUUGACAUGAAUGCUUUCCGUGAGAUCAUCCACUGAUCAAAACAUCUAAUGUUCUGUUAAUGACAGAGAACACAACACAUAUCACUUUACUACAUUCUGAUAUCUUCAAGGACAUGUUUCUUUUACAAUUAAAUGACAGAGCUGUGGGGAAAAGAAAAUGGCCUUUAUAACAUUUAGUUAACAAAGAAUAAUGCACUGGUUAACAGUAAGAAUGUAAUUUCUUUCUCUGAUAUUUCUUUUCUAAAGCUAACCUGUAUUAACAUGAAGCAUUGUGUUGCAUUAUGGAUUAUCUAAUUUAUUGAAAUUUGCAUAAAAUCUUUGCAAACAUUGUCUUCUGGGAUUUAGAAAAAGCCUCAUUGAUUUUAAGGUCAAAACAGUAUCUUCAGCACCCCUAAGUUCCUACUUUUAUCUAAAGAUAUUAACUGAAUACCUUUCAACCUAGAUUAGGCCUAUUUCUCUGUAGCUUAUUAGUGCAUGUGAGAUGUGGUUGAAAUAAUGAUAAUAACAAUGAGGAUUUAAACUUUUAUGAGUAUGGAUAUUGAGUUAUGUUUUCUGAUACUGUGAUGAAUCAUUAAUUGCACUGUGAUGCUCUUCUCAGAUACACAGUAUUAUACUGUCAAAGCACUACACAACAUGGUUAAUAAUGAAAUGACGAGACAAUUAAAGUGGACUCAGAUAUAUACAUCAUGUUUCAAGUGCCUGUUUCUCUUUAUCUUAACCUAAUUUUCUACUAGACUUCCUCUUCUUGCUACAUAACACUCUGCUACAAUCCCCCGAACUAAUUAUCUAUAACAACUCCACACCACUUCAAGUCUGAACGUAUUAUCACCUCCAUUUGGUUACGGGGGUAUAGUGGGUACUGAAAUAUAUAGUUUAGGUAGAAGCAUUGUUUAUUGAAUCACUGAUAAGUAAAUGGAAUGUCAAAUGAGUAAAAAUGUAAUUAUAUUGGAGAUUUUGGAGGAGUAAAAGUGUAUAUCAUCACUGUAACAGGCCAAAUUUCUGU